UUGUCACGUUAAUGAGACACGUCUGGUUAGGUGUGUGGGGAACUGAAAAUGUGAUUUUGUUUCUUCAGCGAACACACAUGAAUUCACUAACGGCCGAACAUACAGUCACCAUACGGAUGAAACCAGAAGAGCGAGAGCAGAGGAGAGGGGAGAUGGUGGGUUCUCCAUGUUUAUUCAGCUGAUGCCAAUCGUUGUGCUGGUCUUGGUCUCAAUCUUCAGCCAGCUUCUGGUGUCCACACCACCUUAUAGCCUGUACUCCAGACCGUCCACAGGACAGACUGUUAAAAGACAAACCGAAAACCUGCAUGUGGACUAUUUUGUCACCAGAGAUUUCAAAUCAGAAUAUAAGGGCUCAGCUUUGCUAAAGAUUGAGAAGAGUGUAGAAGAGGAUUAUGUUUCUAAUGUGCGAAACAACUGCUGGAGGGAAAGACAGACAAAAACAGACCUACUGUAUGCUGCUAAGGUCUACAGAGACGAAAGACUACAGCGGAAGGCUGAGCUCAUGACCAUGGAGAACUGCAAAGAGCUGGAUAGAUUAAAUGAUCUGUUCCGUGGAGGAUAAACCUGAAACUGAAACUAAUGGACAUUUAUGAAAAUAAGAUACCAUAGGUAUAAAUGUAAAUAUUUAUUGUUUGGUGUUUUUUUUUUUUUUACAUUCUUAUAGAAAGAAAACAUAUUUAACUAAUGAGAGAGUUCAAAAGUCCCUCAUCUUCCACUGCAAUAUACUUUGCUUCAAGGUUUUUCAAAUCAACUGAGAAAAAUAUCAUUUUUACCUAGCAAUCCAUUUUUAAUCGGUUUCUCUUUUAUGCCUGACUUGACUAAAUCGUGAGAAAUGAUCUUAGAUGUUCUACACUUGAACACAACCUUUUUUUUUCCCUUUCUUCUUGACUUCUUGAACCCAAACCUUUGACUUUUAUUGACUCCAUGUCAUUGUUGUUCUCCGUGUUAAGUUUUUAAGUGCUACUAACUUGAAGAGACCACUAUUUUGAAUCUUAAUGAAACUUAAAUUGUACAAAUAAAAUAAAAACAUUUAAACA